GUUAAUCACACACAGGGUAUGUAAAGAGGGCAUCCGCCAGUCACGCCAGUCAGUACCUUUUUGACUGCGAUUCAAGUCCCAGGAACUACCCAACAGGCGACACCAACAGCAGGCAAGAUGGCGGAGCAGGGGAUGUCAUCAGCUGAUCUGGUAAACAACGCAAGACCCGCUCGGGCGACGCAGUACAUCGCCGCUCUGUCGGCAACGAUGGGCGCCCUCUGCUUCGGCACGGCCCUCGGCUACUCCUCCCCGGCGGGCAUCCUGCUGACCAGCAACUCCACAGACAGUUCCCUGCAGCUGACCACCGUCGAGAACAGCUGGUUCUCCUCGUCGGUCAACCUCGGGGCUCUCGUCGGCGGCCCCAUCGGCGGCCUCUGCAUCAACGCCAUCGGGCGGCGGGGAACCAUGCUGGCCGUGUUUCCGUUUUUCUUCGGGUCCUGGGCGAUCAUCGCUUUCGCUCAAAACUUCGCCAUGCUUCUGGUGGGACGUAUCAUCGCUGGAUUGUGCACAGGCAUGGUGUGCAUCGCAACUCCCACCUUCAUUGGGGAAUUCGCCUCGGCUGACAUUCGGGGAACAUUAGGAGCAGGUUUCCAGCUGAUGGCCGGAGUUGGUAUUCUCUACGCAUACAUCUUCGGAGCCUUUAUAAACAGCUGGCAGAUACUCGCGGUUGUGUGUGCUGUCCCGACCAUCAUUUUCUGCGUGUUGAUGUUCUUCUCAAAGGAGUCCCCCAGUUAUCUACUCUCGAAGGGGAAGGAGAAGGAGGCCCAAGAAUCUAUGCGAUAUUUCAGAGGACCCGACUACAACAUCCAGCCCGAGAUGCAGAUACUGAAACAGACUCUCGAAGACUCCAAAGCGAACAAAGCCUCUUUCUCGGACCUCAAGCAGGCGUAUAUCUUGAAGCCUCUCCUUAUCUCCAUUGCGCUCAUGUUGUUCCAGCAGCUCUGUGGGGUCAACGCUGUCCUCUUCAACUUGAAGGCUAUCUUUGCGGAGUCGGGAACAGACCUCUCCGAUGACGUCAGUUCCAUCAUCGUCGGCGUAGUUCAGGUUCUGGCCACUGUCGUCUCUAGUGUGCUCAUGGACAAAGCUGGCAGGAAAUUUCUUCUGAUCUCAUCUGCAGGAGCCAUGACAGUUGCUCUCGUGGGUCUCGGAGUAUUCUUCUACCUGAAAGAAAACGGUGACGUCAGCGCCCUCGGAUGGCUUCCGAUUACGUCACUAAUGAUCUUCAUCGCAGCAUUCAGCUUUGGCUUCGGUCCCAUCCCUUGGCUCAUGAUGAGUGAACUGUUCCCUGCCAACAUCCGCGAAUCUGCCAGCGGUUUGAGUACAAUGACAAACUGGGCGAUGUCUUUUAUUGUCACGUACUUCUUUGAGAGUAUCCGGGAUGCCAUCCACGAAUACGGUGUGUACUGGCUCUUCGGUGGUAUCUGCGCCGUCAGCUUGGUCUUCUGUGUCCUGGUGGUGCCGGAGACCAAGGGAAAGACCCUGCAGGAGAUCACGGCGCUCUUUGGGGGUCCGGCCACCUCCCCUAAGGCCGCCAGACCUUCAGCGCCUUCGACAGGGUCCGAGAAAAUGAGAUGGUAGAGUUUCGUCGAAGGAAAGUUUGGUAAUGGAUGGCUGAAGGAUCUGGUUGGAGGUUCUCCUAGUCAUGGUUGACUCAAGGAUCUUCACGAGUUCGGAAACGGAUCCUUGGGUUCGAGGGCCUUCGCUGAGACGUGGGAUGGAGGAAUCCUUGAGAAACGGAAGGCAUAACGAAGGUUUUGCCAAGCACGGACGGGAUGGAUUUACAAGACCGAAAAGCAACCGAUGGGCUUUUGAGAUUUCCUUCCUCAUUUUGUAGCAAAUAUAAAUAAAUCCUUUACG